AUGGCGCCGAUCACUUCACUUCCUCAGAGGAGGACUAUCCUCUCUUCUCAGUUUCUCAUACUCAUCAUACUGUCACUCCUUUCUCACGUCUAUUCCAGACCAACAACUGGCCACAUAUCCAGUGCUGCCGCUUCUGAGGCUGUAUGCCGGAAUGAAGCAUUCAAUCCUUUUGACUAUUCUGUAAAGCCGGCUCGCAUCCCAAAUGCGCCGGUCUGCGCGGCGGUUGAUACUCGCGACUUGCUCCUCACUCGCCAGGUGACGCAGCAGGAAGACUACAGUUGCGGUGAAGGUCGGCCGUGCCGGAACGGAGCUUGCUGUCCCAAGGAGACUGGGUGGUGCAACUACGGCCCUAAGGCCUGCGGAACAUCGGGAACCUCGCCCAACGAAGUAUGCUGGAGCAACUGUAAUGCCAAGGCAGAAUGUGGCCGGUACGCGGACCCUCCUGGAAAGGAGUGCCCUCUGAACGUCUGCUGCUCAGCCUUUGGCUUCUGCGGCAUGACGUCGGAAUAUUGCAAAGUUACCGACGACGAGGAGGAGUCCUGCCAAAGCAAUUGCAAACAGCCUGAUUCCGGGAAAACCGGCGGCGAUGUACGCAAACGCGUGAUCGGGUACUACGAGGCCUGGGUCCACGAUAGAAAAUGCAACGGCAUGUCCAUAGAACAAAUCCCAGUCGGGGCACUCACUCAUUUGAUGUUCUCUUUCGGCUACAUUACGCCGGACAACUUCCAGAUCGUUCCUAUGGACGAUCUGGAACAGAACCUCUUCUCCAAAAUGAGCGCGCUGAAGCGGAAGAACAAGGCGUUGAAGGUGAUGGUGGCCCUUGGUGGUUGGACGUUUAACGACCCGGGACCGACGCAAAAGGUCUUCCAUGAAGUUGCCAGGACGAAAGCGAACCGGUCCAAGUUCAUUGCCAAUCUGCUAAGCUUCAUGCGCCAGUAUGCCUUUGAUGGUGUCGACUUCGACUGGGAAUAUCCAGGCGCUGAUGAUCGUGGCGGCGCGGAAGAGGAUGGCGAGAACUUCACCUUGCUCCUCGAGGAAUUGAGAGACGCAAUCUCAAGGCAGCCCAUUGAAUAUGUUGUCUCUUUCACCACGCCAACUAGCUACUGGUACCUCCGCCAUUUCGACUUAAGGGCAAGCAUCGCGGCAGUAGACUUCGUCAAUAUCAUGAGUUACGAUCUUCACGGCGUCUGGGACUCUUGGAACCCCAUCGGAAGUAACGUGUUAGCCCACACCAACUUGACCGAGAUCAACCUGGCUCUCGAUCUCUACUGGCGAAACAGCAUUCCCCCAGAGAAGCUAAACCUCGGUAUCGGGUUUUACGGACGAUCCUUCCAGCUGGCGGACCCUUCCUGCUUCAAGCCAGGGUGCAAAUUUAAGGGUGGUGCUUCGCCUGGAUCUUGCACCAAGAACUCGGGCACUCUCGCGUACCGUGAGAUCGUCGACAUCAUCGAAAAGAAGAAGCUAAAGCCCUACUACGAGAAGAAGCACCAAGUCAAGUACAUCGUCUGGGACCAAGACCAAUGGGUCAGCUAUGACGACGAAGAGACGAUUGAAGCCAAGAUAAAAUUCGCUAACGACCAAGGCCUGGGUGGUGUCUUGAUCUGGUCGGUCGAUCAAGACACGGACGACCUCAAAGCCCUUUCUGCCGUGGUCGGAAGGAAAACGAUUGCCCUCGCAAUGAAAGACAAAACCGCGGAAGACUCAGCUUGUACGUGCAUCCUAAUACGUGGACAAGACAUUCAUAGCCCAACUGCCGUGGUUAUCCAAAGAUUUCAUUGGAAGGACAUCGCGGAUCAGAAAUGCUACGUCACAGACUGUGGUGACCACUGCAAGGCAGGCUUCAAGAGAGUCACUUCGCAACCCUGUGGUGGCGCCGCAUUCUUGACGAGGCAUUCUACCGAAGAGGAUAGCGAGCUUUGCUGUCCCCUCACGAGCUUCCCCAACGAAGAUGACUGCACAUGGCGCGGCUCGGACCCUUUUUGCAACGGUCGCUGCCACGACGGUGAAGCCCUGCUCCAGUUGAACCGCUGGGGAGACGGGAAGUACUGCGAAGAUGGCCACAAAGCAUACUGCUGCGCUGUGCCUCAAGGCAAAAAUCAGAAAUGCUACUGGUCAGGCAUGGGGAAGAAUUGCAAGGAUGGCGAUGAGCCUUUGACGUUCGCUGGUACUUUCCUAUCAGACAUCGCUGAUGUGGCGCAGUGGUUCGGACUCGUCGGCAAGGUCCUCUCCGAAGCCCUCGACGACGUCGACAUGGCCCUGCAGGAAAGGUACUGCUGCCCUCCGGAGGAUCUCGACACUUGGAAGAACUGCGAAUGGAAGGGAAAGCCCGGGUCCUGCUUCGACAACCACUGCGACGCCAAUACACAGGUACAGCUCACUACUAACCGCUACGGGCUCGGUCAGUCCUGCUCACCGAGGCUUGAGCGGGCCAGGGUGUUCUGCUGUGACCCUCCUGACGGAGAGACUCUCUUCCUCCCCGUACCGCUCGAAGAUCUGUUCCCCAACCCGCCAAGCAGUGACAAGGUGGACACGAAGUUUGACCUCAACAUUGACAGCACCUGGGGCGACGGGACACCGGAUACAGAUACCGAUGACAACCCAGAUGAAGCUUCCUUCCAGUUUUACGUCUUGGCUGCUCCGGACGAGAUACAGACCUCUCUCGACAAGCGAGACGGCUCGCACUGGGAUGUCUACAACUGCAAAGACGCCGAGAGCGAGGCGGAGCAGACCGUCCAGAUAGUCUGCACGGAUAUCUCCGAGGAUAGCAAUUGUAACCACAUCCGGAGAGGCAAGGGUGUGCCCGGAACGAUCCUGCAGAUGCCGAAGGGCUGCGGCCCGGGCAAGUAUGCCGUUGCCGUGGAUAUGGUCGUAGCUAAGAACCAGACGCUGCCUCACCACAUCACCAAACGCAAGCUCCGCCACACCCCGAUCGUCUACGACCUCUCCUUUGACUAUAACUUCGCGCGCGUCCCGCGCGACUUCGGCGACACGCAGCUGCGUGUCGACUUCAGCAAUCAGCAGGGCUACUGGGACAACGUGGUGGCGGCGACGGCUAGCAAGAAGCGCAAGGGCAAGCGGUCGCUCGCGGACGUGGGCGGGAAUCACAAGAGGUGGCUCGAGGAGGAAUGGCGCGACGACAUGCACUACGGCGCGCUGAGCCGCGAGGAGCUGCACAAGCGGUGGUUCGGCUCCGACGUGCUCGACUGGCUCAAGGGCCUCCUCAACGUCAAUAUCAAGAAGGAGAAGCGCCACGACUACGAGGAAGACGUGUCGGUGAUCAUCCUCCAAGAGGACUGGACGUGCGAGCGGCAGAACACCAAGUUCCAGGCCAAGCUCGACGCCGUGGCCACCGCGAGCAUCAAAAUGUCGUCCUCGUUCGGCUUCACCCUCAUCACGACGCUAGGCACGCCUCCGCUAGACCUGAGCCAGUCGUACCUGCACUUCAACAACGAGGGCGUCGUCGAGGCCAUCUUCACCAUCGAUGCCCUCGCCCGCGUCGACUGGGACUCGAAGGUUUUCCAGCUCGGGCCGGGCAUACCCUUCCCGGGCGGGUCGUUCAAGAUCCCCGGCAUUAUGACGGUGGGGCCGGAGCUGAUCCUGCAGGCGCGUCUCAAGGCCGGCAUCAAGGUCGAGGGCCACGUCGAGGCCCGCGUAACCCUCGCCGACUGGGAGAUCAGUCAGACCUACCCCCAACAGAACGACUACGACCCCAAGAGCGAGAAAUCGCCCAAACGCGACAUGAACACCAAGGACCUGCUCAAGCCCACGUUCGACGCGUCCGUCGAGGCCUCUGGCUACGUCGAGGCCCACCUGAUACCGACCAUCAGCUUCGGCAUCGACUUCGACGACUUCUGGAAGAUCGGCCGAGCCAGUGCCGACCUCGUCGUCGACGGGUGGGUGCGCAUGCGCGCGAAGAGCGACAUCGUUGGGGGCGACUGCUCGUUCGGGUACGGCAUCGACGCCGGCGUGGUCCUGCUCGCCGAGGCGACGGUGCCCGACUACUUCGACUGGGACGCGGAGCCGGUGCGGCUCGGCAGCCUGGACAAGACGCUAGUGCCGAGCGGCGACAAGGAGUGGGAGUGCCUGACGGGCACGAACAAGACGGUGCGGGCCAUCGGUGGGCUCGACGUCAACGACACGCGCCCGUUGAUUGAACGCGCGUUGCGGCCGCACUCGCGGCUCGGCAAGCGGCUCGUCCCGUACGGGCCCGUCAUCUCGCUGCCCAAGGGCGAGCGGCUCUGCCCCAACAAGGGCGGGCCGGCGACGCUGACGCCGUGCGACGAGACGUACGCCGUCGACGACAUGUACCAGGACGCCGACGACGUGGGCUCUCUCGCGCGCCGCUCGCGCUUCGGCGAGGCCGACCUCGCCGACUACACGGCGGCGCACAACAUCACCGCCGACGAGGCCGAGUCGCUGCACCUGCACAAGUGGGUGGAGCGUCUGUCCAAGGACUCCCUGCAUAUCUGCAAGGGCGACGCGCAGAUGCUCGUCAAGUUUCCCGAUUACGACACGAACGGGGAUAUCUACGAUAACGCGAACUGGAAGGACUGCAACAACUACGAAUUCGGAAAGCAGACUACCAAGCAGGAAGACAUCAAGAGACCCCCGGGCUCGAAGCGAGAAUUCGAGCGGUACAUCGUCGAGCACGUGCUCGAGGCGCAGAUGAUGGUGGAGUUCUUCAAGACGUUCCCCAACACGGGGGCGGACUCGGUGUGCAAGAAGCUGAAGGAGGGCGGGUUCGAGAAGAACACGAUGAUCAACGGCGUGGAGACGUACCCGCUCUACCACGUCGCGUCGGGGUACCCCAGCACGGACACGAGCGACGAGAUGAUGUGGAUCUUCGAGCCGGUCAACCUGGUCAAGGAGAAGGCGUGGAAGGGCAGCAAGGUGCCGGGCGAGGGGCAGAUGAGCAAGGCGGUCGCGAGCGAGGACACGGUCGCGACGGCGAUCCGGAGCAUGAAGAACGUCCUCAUGACCUACAAGUACCACAAGAUGGUCAACAGCAUCCUCGUCAAGCAGACGAACCGGGUCGCGACCCGGUUCGACGAGGCCGAGGACGCCAUGGUCGCGGCCAAGCGCGGCUACACGAAGCAGAACCUCAGCCAGUCGUGGAAGCGCUUCAUCAAGGGCCGCUACACCAUCGUCAUGAACAAGCUGGACUAUUUCGUCGAGAACUGGAUCACCGAGAUCGAGGGGGUCCUCAAGGACACCGACCCCGACGCGGACACGGACGAUCGCAAGAAGCUCAGGGAGAGGAUCGAGAAGCUGCGCGAGGCCGUCGACGACACUAAGAGGACUUGGACGAAUCCUUUCCCCUGAGACUCGCUAGGUUCGAAAUAGUAUAGCCAAAGCUUUCAGCAGCGUACAGGCGUAUUCGCAAUAGCAAAAAAAAAAUUUUUUGACACGCGCACAUUGUUCUACGUACU